UUUUAGUAUAAUUCUGAUUGAAUAUUUUUAAGUGAAAAUGACUAAGAGAAAACGUGAAGAAUACAGAGUUAGAAAGACCACAAGAAGGAAUUAUAGGAGUCCUUCCAGGAGACAUAGAAACAAGAGAGAUAACAAAGAUAUCUCUAAGAGAAAAUCUAACCGUCGUGACAGAAAAAGAAAGGUACCCGAAAGAAGUCUCUGUAGUCAUAGGAUGAAUUCUUCAGAGAAAAGCAAAAAAGAGAAGAAUGAGAGUGAUCAUAGAAGAAAGAGAAAUUAUAGAAGGCGUAAACACUAUAAAAUACAACAUCAUCCAGAUUUAAGGGAAGAAAGGAAGAGUUCUGUAGAAAAGAAGGAUACUAAGCCACAAACGAUCGAUCUUCAAAAGAGAAUACUUAAACCUACGAAACCUAUUAAAAGGAAAGAUUUUGUUGCAAAACUCAGUGAAGACAAGAACAAAAAAGAACAAAAAUCUUCUCAGUACCUCUCUGAAGAGCAAGAGUCUUCUCAAAAGCUAUCUAAUAAACAAAAGUCUUCUCAUGAACUUUCUGAUGAGCAAAAAUUAGAGGAAGAGCUUGAUAAAGAGCUUGAAAAAUAUAUGAAAAUCGCAAGGAAAUUAAAGCCAACCUAUCUGACCAAUACAAUGCAAGUCGAAGCUAAUGACGAUACUGAUGAUGAAGUCACCACAAAUAAAGAAAUGGAGGAAUUAAUGGCCUAUGGGCAAGAAGUCAUUGUCUCCAAGGAUGACAGUAAACCAAGUUCACAAAAACCUCAACCACCAAGCAAACAGCAGACCCAUAUUUCAGUAACUCAGAAGGGAACUAUUAAGGAGAGAGAAUGCACCGAGUUAAUGACUGAUUCGAAGAAGGAUAUGGAUACCACUAAGCCUGAAGAAGACGGUGAUCAAGCUAUCUCCAAACUAUAAAUUUUGUCACAGAGACUUCACUUAAAACAACAUUU